CAUUUAUUUUCCAGUGCAAAGUCAACAUAAAACAGCAAACGUACAACAAUUAUUUAACAUUUUUAGACUCAUGAGGCAGGGACGUAGCGGGAGCCCGUCAUUCCAAGAGCAGCUCUCUCUACGGGCUAAAGUUUCCUUGGGAAGCAAAUAGCGCUCCAGCGUCAUGAGCCUGUACCACAGCAGAGUGCCGCAGCUUGGAGUGCCACCCUCGGCGCUCAAUCUUUCCAAUUCCUCCUUGAUUUACUUAUAUGGAGGCGACGGUGGUACCAUUCUUCCCGCUUUGGGUUUCGUCCCGAAUCGGCAGGAACCUCCGCAAAAACCUCCGUACAGCUACAUUGCACUUAUCGCAAUGGCUAUAAAGGGCGCGCCAGAGAAGCGCGCAACGCUGAGCGGCAUUUACCAGUUUAUCAUGGACCACUUCCCUUUUUACCAUGACAACAAGCAGGGCUGGCAGAACUCAAUCCGUCACAACCUCUCUCUAAAUGACUGUUUCAUCAAGGUACCGAGAGAGAAGGGCCGGCCCGGUAAAGGCAGCUACUGGACUUUGGACACCAAGUGUCUGGACAUGUUCGACCACGGGAACUAUAGACGGAGGAAGAGAAAACUAAAGGGUCAAGAGACUGCAGAGUCCAAAACGACUCACAAGAGGAACAGGGGUCCGCUCUCCUCGAACCCGGCCGGGUCUAAACUUCCAGCUGAUGCUUACCGUAGGAGGAUGAGUAGGCCAAUGUCAGCUGGAGAGAGAGCUGUGGUGGGCACAGAGAUGGAACAACAGCAUAGACAUUAUGAGAAAUGUUCAGAUUUAAAAUAUGUUCUUGGUGAGUUCAACAAUGUUGGCAUGCAGCAAAGUGGGUCUGUACAUGGCCCAAAAUUAAAUGUGCACAAUGAAAUCCACAUUGAAUCCACGCAGGACAUGUGCGGCAGUCAAUCCACUGACGCGCGCCUCGGUCCAAGGUGCAUACCGGUUCAGGACCACAGGGUCUGGUUGGACGCAGCACAUCUUUCAGGAGCGUCUUCCCUCCACGACGUUGAACCAGACAGCAGCAUACUAGCAUUUGAUGGGAGGGAGAACGGGUCUCCUGUCCUGUCCGGUUGCGCGGUGAACUUGAACUCAUCUAUUCUGUGCAGAACAAAGGACAUUAUACCCACUGUCCCAAGCAGAGCAACGGACAAAUCAAAAUGUUUUAGCAUAGACAGUAUCUUAUCAAAAAAAGGAAACCAAAUGCACAAAAGCAGCGUUGGUGUGACAGCACAGACGGGUUUGGACCCCCAAAGUCAUACAUUCAAUCCGUCUGUUAUCUUGAGUGCACGCACGCACCAGCUGUACCAGAUGGAAUUUCCUCUUUGCUCUUACUUAUCAUUCACCUGCCCUGAGAAAGUUCUACAUUUCAAAUAGGCAAAGUGAUAUACAAACGAGAGGUGAUGUAAUAUAAUGGGAACAUCUAAAGAUAUUACGCACGAGUGUCACCAUUUUCGUGCAGUGGGAAGAGAAAAUAUGAUAUUAAUAAUUGGACUUCUACAACCAUCUGAUCAAGAGCCUAUCAGCACUAUAACGAUUAACCAAUUAUGAUUACAUUUAUGAUUAUGAUUAUUAGGCUACCUUCACUUCCCAUGAGCAGGUGCGCGUAAAAUACCUUUGCAUUUGACGAAAGGCCCUCACGAGUAUACGGAUGUUGUUUUAGUAAAUGUAAAUGUUUAUUAAAAUGUGGGUUUUAUAUGUAGUAGCUCUGAGCUUGUCAUCGGAGUGCCUGCCAUUUCACUGUUGUGUAAGUUAUAUUCUGUGCUGAUCCUCCAGUGUUACAUUUCAAUGUUAAAGUGGUAGCUUUAUGGUAUCUGAAAAUAAAUAUAAUUUUACAAAGUUCUCUUUUUCCAUCUUGAAUGUAAAAACAAACCGUAAUAAACUAAAAUAAUACAUUGCACAUCAGCUUGAUUUAAUUCUAUGAAAAUUGACAAAAGUAAAUUGAGGACAUUGCAGUUAAACACAUUCAAUCUUAGCCUAUAAAACUUAAAGAUCAUUACAUUUGGUCAUGCAUUCUUCAGUAUAGCCCUGCAGCCAGUCUUCAAUGCUCUUCCUCAUACAGACUUACACCUUGGAGUAAUAGCCUAAAUUAUGUUGGGAAGAGUUAAACUUGUUCAUGACCCACAGUACAUAGGCCUAUUGCAUCAGGAUUAGAGCUAUGGGCACCAGUAAACAUACAUUUGUUUAUCAGUUGAUCAAAUUUCCCAUUGCAAAAAGUACUGUUAACACAAAUACUGUAUCAACCAGAGCAUUGCCAUCUGUUUCCUUGAGGUCACUAUGUGAUUUACAGUGAAUGAAAGUUGUUAUGGUAUUGAACUGUAAAGUUGCAUACUGUAUACAGUCGCAUAAAUAAGCAGUGGGUUUGUAGGGUUUUGUUAUGACACCUGUAUGAAAUCAGAGCGUUAUUGACAACAUAAUCAUGAAAACUCUUAGCCCAAACUCCCACUUCUAAAUAUAGCUUAAAUUUAUACUCCUCUGAAACCCUCACUGCAGACCUUGAGAGUGCAAAUCAGGAAUGCCUGUGGAAAUAAAUAAACUUCCCCACAUUUGAGGAGAGGAACUCACAAUCACAAGCAUUUCCUGUGUAUAGGAUUCUUUUGGUCAGAUGUGUAAAUAAAACGUCAUGCUGCAAA